GCUGGAGUAUCCUGGUGUGUGUGUGUGCGCGUGUGUGUGUGUGUGCGUGUGUGUGUGCGUGGCGAGCUCUGCUGUUGCGUGGUGUGUGUUCAGGAGUGUUUGAGUUUAUGGAGUCUGAUAAAAAUGCUCCUCUACUGGCUACUGAUCGUCCUGACUAAGAGUCUGAGCUCAGUAUCGCUGAAUGUGACGGUGACACCUGGCCCGGUGCUGGUGUGUGUGGAGGGGGAGUCGGUGGAGCUGGGGUGUGUGGUGGGGGGUCGACGAGGGAAGAACAGCGUGGUGGUGCUGCGCUGGGUGUUGCAGCCGCAUCUCCAUGACGACGGUCACCACAACAACAACAACGCCAACCGCACUCGCGGUGAAGAAGAGGAGGAGUUCCUAUUGGUCAAGCUGAACGUCCGUGGGGUGGAGUUCUGGGGCAACUACACACAGCGCUCCGGAAGCCCCUCCCUCUACAAGCUUCGCCAUGACAACCCAGGCCACGCCUACAGCCUGUUGCUUAGCAACGUGACGCGAGCACAGGGCGGGCGCUACAGCUGCCGAGUGCAGGAGGUCCGCAAACAACGCAACCGCUGGAGAUCCGUCGCUAACGGGACCGCACACACACUGCUCAGAGUGCACGAUGUGGCGGACACAAACAGAGUGGUCAGCAUCUGGCGUCUGUUUCAAGACCUAUACCUGUGUGCAGCUCUCCUGUGUUGCAUCGGCCUGGUCUCUAUGUUUCUGUUCGCCAUCGUCAUAUGCUGCCAGCAGCUCACUCGCCCACCAUGCCCCAAAGACAGCUACUCCCUUGUGAAGUGCCCAGACAGCAGUUCUGGGGAGACAGUAACAAGUGACAUGAGUGCUGGCAGUACUGAGGGCAGUAUGGGGGGUAGGAAGGGGGCAGUUAACGGGGGCCUGAGGAGCCCUGUUACCCCUGGGGGCGGAGACCCCUCUGCAAGGCCACACAGGAAACAGAAGAGACACAAACACCACCCUCCUGACCCCCUGGACAUACCGCCUCUGGUCCCCGCUAAAGCUCCACGCAAACCACGCAGAACCAAACUUCUCAAGGCCCAGCCACGGAGAACAGCAGUGGUGGUGGAUGACAGUCUGACGUAUGCGGAGCUGGAGCUGGUGAAGGCAAAGCCUCAACCCCAACCAGAGCCCACCGCAGAGAGCCCUGGGACCGUCUACGCCCAGAUACUCUUCACCUGACGAUCAGCUACGCCCAGAUACUCUUCACCUGACCAACUACGCCCAGAUACUCUUCACCUGACCAGCUACACCCAGAUACUCUUCACCUGACGAUCAGCUACGCCCAGAUACUCUUCACCUGACCGUCUACGCCCAGAUACUCUUCACCUGACCAGCUACGCCCAGAUACUCUUCACCUGACGACCAGCUACGCCCAGAUACUCUUCACCUGACGACCAGCUACACCCAGAUACUCUUCACCUGAUGACCGUCUACGCCCAGAUACUCUUCACCUGACCGUCUACGCCCAGAUACUCUUCACCUGACCAGCUACACCCAGAUACUCUUCACCUGACCAGCUACGCCCAGAUACUCUUCACCUGACGACCAGCUACGCCCAGAUACUCUUCACCUGACGAUCAGCUACGCCCAGAUACUCUACACCUGACCAACUACGCCCAGAUACUCUUCACCUGACCAGCUACACCCAGAUACUCUUCACCUGACAAUCAGCUACGCCCAGAUACUCUUCACCUGACCGUCUACGCCCAGAUACUCUUCACCUGACCAGCUACACCCAGAUACUCUUCACCUGACGAUCAGCUACGCCCAGAUACUCUUCACCUGACCGUCUACGCUCAGAUACUCUUCACCUGACCAGCUAUGCCCAGAUACUCUUCACCUGAUGACCGUCUACGCCCAGAUACUCUCCACCUGACCAGCUACGCCCAGAUACUCUUCACCUGACCAGCUACGCCCAGACACUCUUCACCUGACGACCAGCUGACCAGAUACUCUUCACCUGACGACCAGCUACACCCAGAUACUCUUCACCUGAUGACCAGCUACGCCCAGAUACUCUUCACCUGAUGCCAAGAUACUCUUCACCUGUCUACACCCAAAUCCUCUUUACAUGGAGGACUGAGCUGCACUCUGUGGUCAUCGGCACCUUACACCUGAAUCAUCAUUCCACGCUCAUCUCCUCGUCUUCCAGGUGACACCAUCUCAGACUCGGUCAUUCGGUCACUACAUGACAUGAUCCAUCCAACGCUCGACCAGGUGGAUCGAACCUAACACAGGAGUGUGUGUGUGUGGCCUUUGACUCUGCACACACACACAAAAAUGAACCUACUUCUAUCUAAAUGAACUCUUUAUUUAUGAAUAUAUGUUACCACUGUGUGUGUGUGUGUGCGUGUGUGUGUGUGUGUGCGUGCGUGUGUGUGUGUGCCUGUGUGUAUGAAUGAGUGUGUGUGUGUGUAAAAGUGAAAACAAUUUGUACCAGGUCUUGUAACAGACCCAUACUGACCAGAUAGGCUGUAAUAUUGAGCUUGAUUGAUUGAUUGAUUGAUUGGAGGACCAAUGAGACUCUUUGAAGAGAUUUACUCCCUGCGGCUGGAGCCUGGGCCACAAUGGACCACGAUGGACCGCGCUGGCAACGCCACAUUAACCAGACUUGCUUCUCUGCUUCUGCACAACUGCCAAGCGACUCUGCAGCCCUGAUAUGGCCCUGAUCACACACACACAUACACACACACACACACACACAUGCACACUCUCUGCAGCCCUGGUCUGGCCCAGACCUGGCCUUGGUGAGGCCCUGAUUCGGCCUUGAUGACGCUCUGAUGAUCGUACCAGACUGAGGAGGUCUCUGAGAGGGUUCCAGGAUGCUGUAUCUGAUGUGUGUGUGUGUGUGUGUGUGUGUGUGUGUGUGUGUGUGUUUGUGUGUGUGUGCGUAUGAAGAGAGUUCAGUGCAUACUCAUAAAAAUAAAGACACUCUUCUGU